AUGUUCAGGUACCCUUGUUAAAUUGUUACUAAUCUGACAUAAACUAGCAAAACUGGCUACUUUCUGCUUUUGGAGCAUAUCACAUUUUUGGACCUUGAGACUCAGCACUUAUUCACACUGGGAGUCUACUUGAGAUGAGGAUGCACAUACCAAUUUCUGCCUGUUUAAGUCACUUACAAGUUUCCACUGCAAUGAAGCAACGAAUCAGAAUAAAAUGCACUCAAACGUAAGAACUCCAACGUUUUGUCUGUUCAUCCCAGGAGACCUCAGAAAAGUCUCUAAUAAUACCGAGUUGAGUUUCCAUGCAUAGCCAUAAAGGAAUUUCCAUUUUUAGGGGUAGAAGAACAUCAACAUCGACCUCGAUGUCACAACCACCAGAGGGUCAUGGUGUUACCAUGGAGGUUGUUUUUCGCCAUGAGAAACCUGACGCAACCAACAUGUCCCACAAGUAAGGAUUAAUUAUGAUCCUUUGGACAAUAUCAAAGUUUACUUACAGUUAUUAAUGCGAACGGUCUCCAUAAUAUAUGCACCUCCUAAGAUUGGUCAAUCAAAACGGACCUUUGGAUAAUGUACGUGAGAGAGAGAGAAAGAGAGAGAGGCUGGAUUUAGACAAAAGUUUUAUCAGCUAAAGCAGAGUAACAUUGCAUGAAAGAUGUAUAUGUUUAUCAGUGGAUUCAAGUCAAUAUUAAUAAGGUGUGCAAAAAAAUAUAUAAUUCUGAAACUAGGUAUUACCCUUUGAUAAAAUAGAUCUAAGCUUGGAUUACAAUGCUGCAACAGUCAAAGUACGGUUAGAUAAAAGAGUUGUACAUUGUUUGCAGGGUCCAUGGAGGAACAAAUUGUCUUGCACAAUUAAGCACUCCUACAUCCUACAGACAAUAAUUCUGCUUUUGUUCUGUUAGUAGCCGCUGGGCCUAUUUUCGGUAAGGUCGUUUGCUAUUACAUUCUUCCCAUUGUUUAAAGACAACUUGAUUUUCAAACCAUAUUUCUAUUUAUGCAUAGUCGAGUCUUCACAUACACAGCCCUAGAAGAUGGAAGUCCAUACUACCCCGUUGCCUUGGGCUUCUUACACCUCGCCCGGCGCACGGUAUUUCUGAAGACUCCCCGUGAGGCCUGGGAAAGGCAAAAUUUCCAACUGCGAGGAGGUGUGGCAGACUGGCCUCUGUUUUGCCAGACGGACAAGUCUACCCACACUCUCAAG